AUGACGGAGGGUGCCGUGCGCGUCUCCCUAGACCCGCAGAAGGCCGUGGCGGACGAGCGCGUCGAUUUCAUCCGUGAGCAGGCCUUCACCUGCCUGCGCCUCAAGACCGAUAAGUGGAAUCGCUUCAUCGGCACCGAGGAGAACCUGAAGCUUCUGCUGGAAUUCCUAGAUAAAGGCUGCCCCGACCGUCUGAUCCUCCUCACUGGCCCGGGAGGCACACUGCACGCUGGAGAUGGACAAACUCCGGCUCCUUGGAAAACCAAGCGGCUGUGCAUUUUGAAAAAGAGGAAUGCCGAAGUAUCCACGUCCAGCUUCCGGAAAGAUCUAUGGCUGGGGGAAGUGUCAGGGCAGCCCCUGGAACAGGUCCAGGUCCUUGUAUCCCAGGUGCUGGUCUCCAUCCUGACCAACAGGAGCAACCACGGUAGCUGGCCCAGGGUGGUCUCUGAGGACAUCUGCAAGCAUGUGGAGAAGCUCAAGGCUCGCAUGGUGACUCUGAGGGGCCAGGCGGAGGGCAGGACUUUGCUGCCGCUGCCCCUCUGCGUGGAAAGGUCGGAGGAAGAGGAGGACAUCCUGCUCAGUGUUGAUCGGGCACUUGUGUACUCCAUCGAAACCAUGGUCAUCCAAUGGACCCAGCAGAUCUGGGAUGUGCUGAAGAAGGACUCCAGGCAGUCCCUGCUGCAAGGGGACAAUCCAGGCCCCUCGGUGGAAAUCGAUUUCUGGCUCAGGCAGCGGGACAAUCUACUGGGAAUCCGAGCACAGAUUCAGAAUCCUAAAGUGGAAAAGAUAAUAGAGAUUCUCAAGAGAAUCAACAGCAGUUACUACCCAACCUUCAGUGACAUCAUUCUGAAGAUGAACCAAGCGGUCCUGGAGGCAGAGGACAUUGAGCUGCACCUGCGGCCCCUAAAAAGGCAGAUUGCUCACCUGGAGGACAGCAGCUUCAUCCACAUGGAGGCGCUGGUCGGCCCGCUGUUCCACACCCUGUGCCUCAUUUGGAGUCGCUCCCGGUGGUACUGCGUGCCAGCUCGAAUGAUGGUGUUGCUUCAGGAGUUGUGCAACCUGUUCUUGGAGAAGGCCUUUGGGUACCUCAUUCCGGAGGAGCUUUUUAAGAUGGAGCUGGAGGAGGGGCUCGAGAGGGUUCAGCAGACCAUCCACGUCCUCAACAGCUUCAAGCGCAGCUUCCAUUUGCACAGGGAGAAGAUAGGUCAAUACUACAAGGAGGGUGAGCAAGUCAAACCCUGGGAUUUCCCCAUUAAUGUCGUCUUCAAGAGGACUGACUGCAUUCUGGAGAGACUCCUGAUGAUAGAGGAGCUCUUUGCAUCUGCUCUGGACUUCUUGAAGCUGGAGAAGGUGGAAUUAGGAGGUUCUCGGGGGAAGAUUCUCAGUGAGAUGGUGUACAGUAUGAAUGAGGAGUUCCACGACAGCUGGAGAACACUGCGGGAGAGCAAGUACAACCCCCUGGACUACGCAAAGAAGGACUUUCUUGCUGAUUACACCCGUCUCAUGGAGCAAAACAGGGACUUUGAUCAACGUCUGGGCUCCGUACUCAACCUGGCCUUUCAACAUUCAAGAGGGCUGGAGUCUGCCUUUAAGCUCCUGCAGAUGUUCGGGACCCUUUUGGAGAGGCCGGGGAUCAACAGGCUCUUCGCCCCCAACUACACGGUCCUUCUGAAUAUGUUUGAGGACGAGAUGAACCACUGUCAGCUGGUACUUGACAGGCAGAAGGAGAAACUGCAAAAUAGGUCUGCAUUUCUUAGCAAGAACCUGCCUGUGGUAGCAGGAAACCUGAAGUGGUCACAGGAGCUACGGGACAGGAUCUUGACCAACCGCAGCAACCUUCACCACCUUAGUCAUGCGCCCAUGGGGACCAAUGAGGCAGAACAAGUGCUGAUGAAAUGUGAGAAGAUUCUGGAGUUGCUAGAACAAUAUGAUGAGGAUAUCUACUCGUCCUGGACAGAGGGUCUAGAGGAGCUGUGUCACACUCAUUUGCAGCAGCCUCUCCUGAUCCUUAACCAGGAAUCAGGUCUCCUUGAGGUCAACUUCAACCCAGCACUGACUUCAGUGCUACGAGAGGUAAAGUACCUGGGAAUGCUGAAUUAUGACAACAUACCAAAGGCCGCCCUCAACCUCUUCUCCAAAAGAGAAAAUCUCCAACUGUACGUGCAGACCCUGUCCCUGGUCAUGCACUUGUACAACAGACUUCACAGUACCAUCCUAGAUGUGGAGCUGGGCCUGGUUAAAGAAGAGCUGAGGGAGACCAGUGAACAGAUCCGACCAUCGCUUGAAACUCUUGUCUGGACCCAGGAAGACCUGUGGAACUAUAUUCGGCAGUGCCGUGACCUGGUUCAAGGUGUGGACAGCCGGGUUCAGAAGAGUAAAGCCAACGUGGAAGCCAUCCGUGAGCUGCUGGGAGGUUUCUGCCACGCGCCAUUCGGCAGCCGAAAGAGCAGUGGCCUGCUGACCAUCAGCUCUGUGGAACAGAGCAUCCACAAGCAUUACACCCUCAUCACUGUAACUGGGGAGAAGAUACACCAGCUUGUUCAGGAGAACGAGGUGCUCCUCCGUGCUGACCCAGAAUCUCCCGAGUGGCGGACGUAUGUGGAAUACAUUGACAGCAUGGUGCUGCAGGGCUUUGUCAGUGCAGUCCGCUCCUCCUUGCAGUACUUCAUAGAGAACAUGGAUCCGACCCUUACAAUCACACCGCUCUUUGAGAUUCAACUCAUCCUCACUGGCAGUGACCUUAUCUUCAGCCCCCCCCUGGAUCUCACCAAGAAGAAUAAUUUCUGUGACACAAUUGAUAAGAUGGUGGGCAAUAUAUUUAAAAUGGCCUCCUUCAUACAAAGGGUAGCAAAACAUAAAGUGGAGUCAUACCAGUCAGACAUCGAUCAGGCGGUGGAGCUGGUGGAACUCUCCCAGGUCAUCAGGGGCCGCACAAGAAGCGCUGCUGCCAAGGCAAAGGAGUUCCUGAGCUCAUUUGCCGGCUAUCGCUACCUGUGGACAGAGGAUCGCACAGAAUUCAUGAGGCAGUUCCUACUGUACGGCCACGUGCUGAGUGCAGAGGAGGCAGAGCUCUAUGCAGACUAUGAGCUGGCUAAGAAUCCACCAAAACUGGAGAACUUCAAGGAACAGAUCAGCAUUUUUGAGUCAUUGUACGUCAAGGUCAGUAAGUUUGAGGACAGGAAAAUCUUUUCUGGCUGGUGCCAAGUCGACAUCAAGCCGUUUAAAGUGUCGCUGAUGAACGUCAUCAAAAAGUGGAGUUGGAUGUUCAAGGAGCACCUGCUGAAUCACGUCAAUAACAGUGUGCAGGAUCUGGCAAAUUUUAUUCAAGUCACAGACCAAGGUCUUUCCAAGAAGGUGGCUGACGGAGACUAUGCAGGUCUGGUGAACAUAAUGGGACACCUCAUGGCGAUGCGGGACAGACAGAUAACAACUGACCAGCACUUCAGACCUCUCAAGUCAACUGCAGACCUUCUCAAAAGCUAUGGGCAGCAGGUUCCAGAGCAGGUCUUGAUCCAGCUGGAGGAGCUCCCAGAGAAGUGGAAGAAUUUGAAGAAGGUUGCCUUCACAGUGAAGCACGAGGUCGCGCCGCUGCAGUCCAAUGAGGUGUCCGUUAUCAGGAGGAAGUGUGCGCGGUUCGAGAUCAAGCAGCAUGAGUUCAGAGAACAGUUCCGCAAAGAAAUUAUCUUUAAGACUGGCAUUGAUGAGCCUUAUAAGCUCAUAGAUAAGGCAAACGUGGCCGUGGCUCAGCUGGAGGACGAAAUGAAGCAACUGCAGGAUACAGCAGACUUGUUCGAAGUCAGCUUCCCUGACUACAAACAGCUACGGCAGUGUCGCUCAGACCUAGUCCUUGUCAAAUGUGUGUGGGACCUAGUCAUCUUCAUCAAGACCAGUAUUAAAGACUGGAAAAAGACCCCAUGGAAAGAAAUUAACAUUGAGCAAAUGGAUAUGGAACUAAGGAGGUUUGCUAAGGAGAUUAAGAUGUUGGACAAAGAGGUGCGCACCUGGGAUGUGUACUCAGGCCUGGAGUCCACGGUGAAGAACCUCUUAACAUCACUGAGGGCUGUCAAUGAGCUCCAGAACUUGGCAGUGCGCGAAAGGCACUGGCAGCAGCUUAUGGCUACCACUGGGGUCUGUUUUGUCAUGGAUGAAAACACUAUCCUGGGAGACCUGCUGGAGCUGCAGCUUCACAGGUUUGAGGACGAAGUGAAGAACAUUGUUGACAAGGCUGUGAAGGAGAUGGCCAUUGAGAAGGUGCUAGCAGAGAUUCACCAAACGUGGAGUGUGAUGAACUUCUCCUACGAGGUGCAUCACAGCACAGAAACACCACUUCUUAAGUCUGAUGAGAAUCUGAUUGAUCUGUUGGAAGACAAUCAGGUACAGCUGCAGAACAUUCUGAUGAGCAAGCAUGUAGAGUACUUCCUGGUGGAGGUGAGCACAUGGCAGAAGAAGCUGAUGGUAGCUGAUCUGGUCAUUUCCAUUUGGAUGGGUGUGCAGCGCACCUGGGCACACCUCCAGAGCAUCUUCACCAACUCAGAGGACAUCCGCAGCCAACUGGCACAGGACGCCCAGAGGUUUGAAGGGAUCCACCUUGACUUUCAGAAUUUAAUGGCAACUGUGGUCCAAACCAAAAAUGUUAUUGAGGUCACCAAUCUGCCAGGUUUUUUGGAGAAAUUAGAGGCACUGCAACAAAGGUUGUCUGUGUGUGAGAAGGCCUUGGCAGAGUACCUGGAGACCAAGAGGCUGACGUUCCCACGCUUUUAUUUUGUCUCAGGUGCUGAUUUGCUGGAAAUUAUUUCCAAGGGAACCCAGCCUAAACAGGUCACCAGGCAUUUACUUAAACUCUUCGACAAUCUUGCUGAUCUGAAGUUCAAGGAGGUGGAUGAGACAGAGGAGGAUGAGAAAGUGGCAGCAAUGGGCAUGUACAGUCGAGAAGGGGAAUACGUGCCCUUUUCCGAACCCUGUAUUUGCGAGGGCCAGGCUGAGUGUUGGCUAAGCAGCUUGGAGACCACCAUGAGGCACACUGUCAGGCAGGAGAUUAUGGAGGCCGUGGCAGCCUAUGAGGACAAGCCACGUGACCAGUGGCUCUUCGAUUAUCCUGCUCAGGUGGCUCUCGCCGGAAGCCAGAUUUGGUGGGCCACCGACGUAGGCAUCGCCUUUGAGCGAGUGGAAGAGGGCUUUGAGAGUGCCCUUAAGGACUACAACCGGAAGCAGGUUGCCCAGCUGCACGCACUCAUACAUAUGCUCCUGGGGGAGCUCAGUCCUGGAGAUCGCCAAAAGAUCAUGACAAUCUGCACCAUCGAUGUCCAUGCUAGAGAUGUGGUGGCCAAGCUCAUCGCUCAGAAGGUCACCAAUGGUCAGGCCUUUGCCUGGCUCUCACAGCUAAGGCACCGCUGGGACGAGGAGAAGCAACACUGCUAUGUCAACAUUUGUGACGCCCAGUUCCAGUUCUCCUAUGAAUACUUGGGUAACACACACAGGCUGGUCAUCACACCACUCACAGACAGGUGUUACAUCACCUUGACACAAUCUCUGCACCUCACAAUGAGUGGUGCCCCUUCAGGCCCAGCAGGCACAGGCAAGACGGAAACCACCAAGGAUCUGGGUCGCUCCCUUGGCAUCAUGGUCUAUGUGUUCAACUGCUCUGAGCAGAUGGAUUACAAGUCUAUUGGGAACAUUUAUAAAGGGCUUGCUCAGACAGGAGUGUGGGGUUGCUUCGAUGAGUUCAACCGUAUAUCUGUGGAAGUGCUUUCUGUAGUUGCCGUCCAGGUCAAAACCAUACAAGAUGCCAUCCGGAAUAAGAGGAAAAGGUUCCUUUUUCUUGGGGAGGAGAUAGAAUUGAAGCCCACUGUGGGCAUUUUCAUAACUCUGAACCCGGAAUAUGCUGGGAGAACAGAGCUCCCUGAGAAUCUGAAAGCUCUGUUCAGACCAUGUGCAAUGGUGAUCCCGGACUUCGAACUCAUUUGUGAGAUCAUGUUGGUUGCUGAGGGUUUCACUGAGGCCAGACUGUUGGCACGCAAGUUCAUUAGCCUAUAUACCCUGUGCAGGGAGCUGUUGUCCAAACAGGACCACUAUGACUGGGGCCUGAGAGCCAUCAAAUCCGUGCUGGUGGUGGCAGGGUCAUUGAAGAGGGAGGACAGGAGCAGGCCCGAGGAGCAGGUUCUGAUGCGUGCCCUGAGGGACUUCAACCUACCCAAGAUCGUCACCAGCGAUGUGCCCAUCUUCUUGGGCCUAAUCAGCGAUCUGUUCCCCCUGCUGGACAUUCCACGGAAGAGAAACCCCGAGCUGGAGCGGGCCAUGCGGAGCUCUGUGGCUGAGCUCCACCUGCAGCCAGAGGAGAACUUCAUUCUCAAGGUGGUUCAGCUGGAGGAGUUGCUGGCUGUGAGACACUCUGUGUUUGUAGUAGGGAGUGCAGGGACUGGGAAGAGCCAGAUCCUGAAGACCUUGCACAAGACCUACACCAACAUGAACAUGAAGCCGGUAUGGAACGACAUCAACCCUAAAGCAGUUACCACAGAUGAGCUCUUUGGCUUCCUCCACCCGACCACCAGAGAGUGGAAGGAUGGCCUUUUUUCUUCCACCAUGAGAGAGCUCUCCAGGAUGUCUCAUGAUGGCCCCAAAUGGAUUGUUCUGGAUGGAGACAUUGAUCCAAUGUGGAUUGAGUCUUUAAACACAGUCAUGGAUGACAACAAGGUCCUCACUCUGGCCAGCAACGAGCGUAUCUCCCUCACACCAUCCAUGAGGCUUGUCUUUGAGAUCAGCCACCUCCGCGCUGCCACACCCGCCACAGUGUCCAGAGCUGGCAUCCUAUAUGUGAACCCACAGGAUCUUGGCUGGAACUCGUAUGUAACGAGCUGGAUUGAUACUCGACACGCUCAAUCAGAAAGAGCUAAUCUGACUAUAUUGUUUGACAAGUACGUUCCUUACUGCUUGGAGCAAGUGAGAUGUAAUCUGAAGACAAUUACGCCAAUUCCAGAAAACAGUAUGGUGCAGACCCUGUGCUCUCUGCUGGACUGCCUGCUCACACCAGACAACACACCUCCAGACUCUCCCAGGGAACUGUACGAGCUCUACUUUGUCUUUGCCUGUGUCUGGGCUUUUGGGGGAGCACUCUUCCAAGACCACCUCAUUGACUACCGUGCCCAGUUCAGCCGCUGGUGGGCAAAGGAGAUGAGGGCUGUAAAAUUCCCUUCCCAGGGCACCGUCUUUGACUAUUUCAUUGACUCCGAAACCAAGAAGUUCACCCCCUGGAGUGAGAAGAUACCAUCCUUUGAGCUGGAACCUGACAUUCCCCUACAGAUGGUCCUCGUCCACUCAGCAGAGACGAUCUGCUUGACUUACUUCAUAGACCUCCUGCUGCAGAAGGGCAAGCCGGUGAUGCUGGUUGGAAAUGCCGGGGUGGGCAAGACCAUCCUGGUGUCAGACAAGGUGUCCAGGAUGGCAGAGGACUAUAUGGUGGCCAAAGUGCCCUUCAACUACUAUACCACCUCUGCGAUGCUGCAACGUAUCCUGGAAAAGCCACUGGAAAAAAAGGCAGGAAGGAAUUUUGCACCUCCUGGUGCUAAACGACUGAUUUACUUCAUUGAUGACUUGAACAUGCCGGAGGUGGACACCUAUGGUACGGUCCAGCCCCACACGCUCAUACGGCAGCAUCUGGAUUACAGCCAUUGGUAUGACAGACAGAAGCUGGCCUUAAAGGAGAUCCACAACUGCCAGUAUAUCACCUGUAUGAACCCAACAGCUGGCAGCUUCACAGUUAAUCCCAGGCUGCAGAGGCAUUUCUCUGUGUUUGCCGUUCACUUCCCAGGUAUAGAGGCACUCUCCACUAUCUACAGCAGCAUCCUGAGUGCCCACUUCCAGCUGGGGGGCUUCAGCUAUGGGGUCACUAAAUCCGUGGGCAGCCUUGUCCAGGCAGCGAUAUGCCUGCACCAAAAGAUGACCCAGAAUUUCCUGCCCACCGCUAUCCGUUUCCACUACAUCUUCAACCUGCGGGACCUCUCUAACAUAUUUCAGGGCAUCCUGUUUGGUCUUCCUGAGUGUUUACGAUACCCCAUCGACCUGGUCCACUUAUGGCUGCAUGAGUCCUCCAGGGUGUAUUCGGACAAACUGAUGGAGGAGAAGGACGUAGAGCUCUUCAAUAAAAUCCUCCUGGACACUGGCAAGAGGUACUUUGAGGGAAUAGACGAAUCCAUCUUCAUCCACCAACCACUUAUCUACUGCCAUUUUGCCCACGGGCUUGGAGAACCACGCUACUUCCGAGUGUCUGACUGGGAGCGGCUGCACAAGACGCUGACAGAAGCUCUGGAGCACUACAACGAGCUGCAUGCCACGAUGGAUCUUGUGCUCUUUGAGGAGGCCAUUCAGCACAUCUGUCGUAUCAGCCGCAUCUUGGAGGCACCUCAUGGCAACGCUCUCCUGAUCGGCGUGGGAGGUAGCGGGAAGCAGAGCUUGUGUCGCCUUGCAGCCUUUCUCAGCCUGCUGGAGGUUUUCCAGAUCACUCUGCGCAAAGGCUACGGCAUCAGUGACCUCCGGAGCGACAUUGCUGCCCUCUACAUCAAGGUAGGGGUGAAGAACAUUGGCACGGUCUUCCUCCACACCGACGCCCAGAUCCCCGACGAGCGUUUCCUGGUGCUUAUUAACGACAUGCUAGCAUCAGGGGACAUUCCGGAUCUGUUCAGCGAAGAAGAGGUGGACAUGGUGAUUUCCUCCAUCCGUACAGAGCUCCGGGGAAUGGGUCUCUUGGACACGAGGGAGAACUGCUGGCAAUUCUUCAUAGAGCGAAUUCGCAGACAGCUCAAGGUGGUAUUGUGCUUCUCCCCUGUGGGCUUCACCCUGAGGACCCGAGCGAGAAAGUUCCCGGCCCUGGUCAACUGCACUGCCAUCAACUGGUUCCACUCGUGGCCCCAGCUAGCCCUGCAGUCUGUCAGUAGCACAUUCAUUGAGAAGAUCGAUGGAUUGGAGCCUGAAGUCAGAGCUUCCAUUAGCAAGUUCAUCUCGUACUCCCAUACCAGCGUGAACGAGGUGAGCAUCAAGUACCAGCAGAACGAGAAGCACUACAACUACACAACUCCCAAGAGUUUCCUGGAGUUCAUGAAGCUGUAUGACAACCUGCUGGCCAAGAAGAGGAGGGAGCUGAGCCAAAAGAUGGAGAGGCUGGAGAAUGGCCUGCAGAAACUGCUAUCCACAGCCUCCCAGGUGGAGGAUCUGAAAGCCAAGCUGGCCAUCCAGGAAGUGGAGCUGAACCAGAGGAACUCGGACACAGAAGCACUCAUCGCCAAGAUCGGCCAGCAGACGGAGAAGCUCAACCAGGAGAAGGCUGUGGCCGAUGCUGAAGAACAGAGGGUGGCAGCCAUCCAGGCUGAGGUCACAAAGCAGCAGCAAGAGACAGAGAACGACCUAGCCAAGGCAGAACCUGCCCUCCAAGCCGCAAACGCAGCACUGAACACUCUGAACCGGCUGAACCUCACAGAGCUACGCACAUUUCCCAACCCUCCGGCCAUCGUGACCAACGUGGCGGCUGCCGUGCUGGUCCUGCUUGCUCCGCCAGGUCGCAUUCCCAAGGACCGCAGCUGGAAAGCGGCCAAGAUGUACAUGAGCAAGGUGGACGACUUCCUUCAGGCUCUGGUGAACUUUGACAAGGAGCACAUCCCGGAGGCCACAGUCAGAGUAGUGAAGGACGAAUACCUAAGCGACCCCGAGUUCAACCCGGAGUUUGUGCGGCUCAAGUCCUCAGCGGCUGCAGGGCUGUGUGCCUGGGUCAUAAACAUUAUUCGCUUCCAUGAGGUGCUCUGCGAGGUGGAGUUCAAGCGCCAGUCCCUGCUCCAGGCCAGUGCCGAUCUGGUGGAGGCGGCAGAGAAGCUCGAGGCAAUCCGUAGGAAGCUGGCGGAGCUGGACGGCAGUUUGGAAGCUUUGACGGCAGCCUUUGAGAAAGCCACAUCAGAGAAGCUGCGCUGUCAAGAUGAGGUCAACAGGACCAACAAGACCAUUGAGCUGGCCAACCGCCUGGUGAAAGGUCUUGAGUCUGAGAAUGUGCGCUGGGGCCACUCCAUGGCUCAGUACCACGAGCAGGAGAAAACACUGUGUGGAGACGUGCUCCUGACGGCCGCCUUCGUCUCCUAUGCUGGCUCCUUCUCCAAGAGGUAUCGCCAUGAGCUGCUGGAGAACCUGUGGAUGCCAUUCCUCCGAAAUCAGAAGAUCUCCAUCCCCAUGACAGAGGGUCUUGACCCUGUGUGCAUGCUGACAGAUGAUGCCACUGUGGCCAAGUGGAACAACGAAGGCCUGCCCGGUGACAGAAUGUCCACGCAGAAUGCCACCAUCCUCACCAACUGUGAACGAUGGCCCCUCCUCAUUGACCCCCAGCUGCAGGGUGUCAAGUGGAUAAAGAGUCGCUACGGCGCUAACCUCAGAGUAGUUAGCCUGGGGCAGAAAGGGUAUGUUGAUGUCAUAGAACAAGCAGUGGUCACAGGAUAUCCUGUUCUCAUUGAAAACCUUGAGGAGGCCAUCGACCCAGUGAUUGACCCACUGCUGGGGAGACACACUAUCAAGAAAGGAAGGUAUAUCAAGGUAGGGGACAAGGAGUGCUACUUCCAUCCAGACUUCCGGCUCAUCUUGCACACCAAGCUGGCUAACCCACAUUACAAGCCUGAGAUCCAGGCCCAGACCACCCUCAUCAACUUCACAGUGACCAGAGAUGGCCUGGAAGACCAGCUCUUGGCCGAGGUGGUCAACCUGGAGAGGCCUGAUCUGGAACAGUUGAAGUCGGAUCUGACCAAGCAGCAAAACUCCUUUAAGAUCGAACUGAAGCUGUUGGAAGAUGAGUUGCUGACUCGCCUCUCAGCUGCAGAGAGCAACUUCCUAGGAGACAAUCUGCUGGUGGAGAAGCUGGAGACUACCAAGCACACAGCAGCUGAGAUUGAGAUGAAAGUCCUGGAGGCAAAAGUUAAUGAAGUAAAAAUUAAUGAGGCACGUGAACACUACCGUCCUGUGGCUGUAAGAGCUUCCCUGCUCUACUUCAUAAUGAAUGACCUCCAUAAAAUCAAUCCAAUGUACCAGUUCUCACUUAAGGCAUUUAAUGUGGUGUUUCACAAGGCCGUGAGCCAGGCCGAGCCCUCCAGCGAUGUCAAGAAGAGGGUGGAUGCCCUCAUCAACUGCGUCACCUUCUCUACCUUCAACUACAUCAGCCGCGGCCUGUUUGAGAGGGACAAGCUAACCUUCAGUGCUCAGCUGGCCUUCCAGCUUUUACUCAUGAAGAGAGAGAUCAAUGUCCGUGAGCUGGAUUUCCUUCUCAGGUUCAAUAUCGACCACAGCUACGUCAGCCCUGUUGACUUCCUGUCCAACUCAGCCUGGAGCGCCAUCAAGGCCAUGAGCUUCACGGAUGAGUUCCGUGGGUUGGACCGAGACAUUGAAGGCUCACCCAACCGCUGGAGGAAGGUUGUGGAGUCAGAGUGUCCAGAAAAGGAAAAACUGCCCCAGGAGUGGAAGACCAAGAGCUCCCUGCAGAGGCUCAUCCUGAUGCGUGCCCUGCGCCCCGACAGAAUGACCUAUGCUGUCAGGAUCUUUGUGGAGGAGAAGCUAGGCGUGCAGUACACAGAGGGUCGCAAGAGUGACUUUGCUAAAUCCUUCAGAGAGAGCGGGCCUGGAUCCCCCAUGUUCUUCAUCCUGUCCCCUGGCGUGGACCCGCUAAAGGACGUGGAGUCCCUGGGUAAGAAGCUGGGGUUCACCAUAGACCUCGGGAAGCUGCACAACGUGUCGCUGGGGCAGGGCCAGGAAGCUGUGGCAGAGGCUGCCAUGGAGAAAGCGUCCAGGGAAGGACACUGGGUUAUUCUGCAGAACAUCCACCUUGUGGCCAGGUGGCUGGGCAGCCUGGAGACCCUGCUGGAGCGCUGUAGUGAGUGCAGCCAUGCCGACUACCGUGUGUUCAUGAGCGCCGAGCCUGCUCCCACACCCCAGGAACACAUCAUCCCCCAGGGCAUCCUGGAGAACUCCAUCAAGAUCACCAAUGAGCCACCCACCGGCAUGCUAGCCAACUUGCAUGCUGCCCUCGACAAUUUUGACCAGGAUAUUUUGGACCGCUGCUCCCGUGAACAGGAGUUCAAGACAAUCCUCUUCUCACUGUGCUACUUCCAUGCAUGCGUAGCAGAGAGGCGCAAGUUUGGGCCCCAGGGCUGGAACCGGAAAUAUCCCUUCAGCACUGGAGACCUCACCAUAUCUGUCAAUGUCCUCUACAAUUACCUGGAAGCAAACUCGCAGGUGCCCUGGGAGGACCUGCGCUAUCUCUUUGGGGAGAUCAUGUACGGGGGCCACAUCACCGAUGACUGGGACCGACGGCUCUGUCGCACCUACCUAGAGGAGUACAUGCAGCCUAACCAGUUUGACAGGAAGAUGGUCCUCGCUCCAGGAUUUGUUGUCCCUUCCAACCUAGAUUACCAGGGUUACCAUAGCUACAUUGAUGAGAUGCUGCCUCAUGAGAGCCCGGCGCAUUAUGGGCUUCACCCCAAUGCAGAGAUCGAGUUCCUGACAGUGACCUCUGACAGUCUUUUCCACACCUUGUUGGAGCUGCAGCCCAGGGACUCCAUCACUGGGGAAGGUACCUCUCACACCAUAGAGGAGAAGGUGAAAACUGUCCUGGAUGACAUUCUGGAGAAACUUCCAGAGGAGUACAAUAUGUCAGAUAUCACCACCAAAACAGCUGAGCGAUCACCCUACAUCCUAGUGUGCUUCCAGGAGUGUGAGCGCAUGAACUUGCUCAUCAACGAGCUCCGUCGCUCACUUAAGGAACUGGACCUGGGGCUCAAGGGUGAGUUGGCAAUUUCCUCGGAGAUGGAGCAACUGCAGACAGCCCUUUUCUUCGAUAAUGUCCCUGACACCUGGACCAAACUGGCGUAUCCCUCGACGUACAGCCUGGCGCAGUGGUACAACGACGUCUUGCUGAGGUGUCGGGAGCUGGACAGCUGGACCCAGGACCUGGCCCUGCCCAGCGUGGUUUGGCUUUCCGGGCUCUUCAACCCACAGUCCUUCCUCACAGCGGUCAUGCAGAGCCUGGCUAGGAAGAACGAAUGGCCCCUAGAUAAGAUGAACCUCACUGUGGAUGUCACCAAGAAAUUCAAGGAGGACUUUAACCAGCCUGCCCGAGAGGGGGCUUACGUCUAUGGACUGUACAUGGAAGGGGCCAGGUGGGACAUCCAGGGAGGGAACAUUGCAGAAGCCAGUCUGAAGGAGCUGACGCCAGCUAUGCCCGUGCUGUCCGUGAGGGCCAUUCCGAAGGACCGCCAAGAGACACGCAACAUCUACGAGUGUCCUGUGUACAAAACAAAGCUCCGUGGCACCACCUAUGUGUGGACCUUCCACCUGAAGACCAAGGAGAGACCUGCCAAGUGGGUUCUGGCAGGUGUGGCUCUACUCCUGAGUGUGUGA